UUGACGGUGCGGGCAUAAACAACGCGCGAUUGGACAUUAAUUCCGGAAAAAGGAAGCAAUAUCAGUCGACUUUGUCCCAGGCUAAAAGACGAGCUUUCGCUCCUAGACCAAUGACUCACACGAUUCGUGAGCCGUUGCUUAAAUAAAUCUACGCCAUCCGAAACCUUACAAGUUCGACACGUCGAUUACGUACGGUCAGCUGUUGCUCUAAUCGCUAUUAAAAUCGCGAAGAAUCAUUAAUAAUUCCAAGCCGUCGUGGAAAGAAUUGAAAAGAUCUCGCGGAAUCAUGGCACGCUCAACACAGCCGAGAAUAACCGUCGUCUAUCUCUACGAUUGAUUGUCAAGUCCGCGUGACAACGUCUGCAAUCGGAGGAAACCACAGGGCACCACUAAUGACCUCACCGGGUGUCGAAUGAUUAUCUCGGAAGGGGACAAUGUCCUUCUGCAGAAUCACGGGUAAAAGUCGGGGUCUCCCCAGGCCGAACUACUUUCCGCUUCUACCGCCCAUAAGUCCGGCAGACGCGAAGCGAUUCUGCCGUAUCACCGGCAAGUCCUACGGCCUACCGACCCAUCAUUACAUUCCGGUGCUGCUGGGCGCGCACGCCCACGACAAGUCGAAAUGCAAGAUCACGACGAACGCGGCGGGCCUCGGCCCGCAUCACUACACCGCCGGUCUGAUCGUCGACGAGAAGAAGAGGCACGUGGUGCUCAAGGAUUAUCGCUACGUCUUCCCGAUCCUGGAGGGCGAGGGCGAGCAGCAACGCGCCCUGCGGGAGCUCCUGAAGGCGAAGCAGACGCCGAUCGAGGAAGCGGAGAAGUUCGUGUACACGGUGGAGGAGCGAAGAUGCAGCCUCGUGUUCCCGGCGAAGCUGGAAGCCGCUGUCAGGGAUGGCGACGUCAAGGACGUAAUGUUAUCGAGGGAUUGCGACACCGUUUUGCUGAGGCUGAAGCAGGGCAAGAACGUGUCCGUGGAUUUUAAGAAUCUAGAGGAUUUCGAGAAUCUCUACGACGGCAUGGGACCGCGAGAGGAGGUGCUGAAGGAGCGGGAAAAGCUAGAGGCCGAGACUAGAAAACGGAAGAGGAAGAGGCAGACCGCACUGAAUUACGCGAAAAAGUUCUUCGAGGAGAAGGAGAGGGCGGCCGACGAGGAAGAGCUCGAACGUACCAAGCAGCUUAAGCUAAGAAGCAUCAAAGAGGAGAUCAAGGAGGAAACGACGGAAGACUGGAAGUACGUGAAUGCGGAGCAGGCGAGACUCAGGUCUUUCGACAUCGUGAACAUGUCGAGCAUCCUCAAGGAUGCAGCGAAGCCAAUUUCUAACGUGUUAGACUGGAACUCGUUGCAGAACGGCGCGAAGAAACCAGCCGGCGUGCCGAUGAUCGAGAAAAUACCGACGCCCGUGAUGGCGCAGCCACAAGUCUUGGACCAAGAACCAAUUUUAUACGCCAGUUCUAUAUCCGAGUCCGUGGGUGGUUUCGAAGCAAUUGCGAUCUCAAAGUCGCUGACACCUUUAAUCGCGAAGCCGGACGUUGUGCUGCAGAACGUGAUUCAAAGUAUUCCGCAGGGCGAACUUGAGGAGAGCGCAAACGUGACGGAGAAACUUUUACAGGCCGGAGAAAAGGCGUUGGAAUGUCUACCCAAGAUGGAGGAAAUACCCGAGUUAGUACGAAACCUGCCCGCCGGCAAGAAGACGACGAUGCAUAAUAUUAAAGGUCUCAAGCUUGAUAUCAAGUCAGCAGAGAGGUUUGUCGCUGGUCAAACGGUGCACGCACCUUCCGGCACUAUCUUCGUGCCCGGUCAAACCUUGCAAACGCCUCAAGGUCCCACCUUCGUGCCCGGACUGACUCUUAAUACGCCUGACGGUCCUCUUUUGGUGCCCGGACAGAUCGUCACUGUGGACGAGCCGGAUGGGGCGAGAACGCCGGUGUUUGUCGCCGGGCAGACUCUAAUGACGGAGCGAGGCGAGCGUUUCGUGCAAGGCCAGACGCUUCAUACGAGCGAGGGGAGCAAGUUCGUUGAGGGCCAGACCGUUCUGACGGAAGAGGGCCCAAGAUUCGUGGCUGGUCAAGUGGUAGCGGACGGCACUUUCGUCGCAGGUCAGGCCGUGGCCACUUCGGACGGAGUACAAUUUAUGGCGGGCCAGACAGUCACGGAUUAUCGCGGCGAGCCGAUUUUCAUGCCGGGUCAGAAUGUGCUGAUCAACGGCAGGCACGAAUUUGUGCCGGGCCAGAGCGUCGAAUCACCGAACGGCGAAUCCAAGUUCGUUCCUGGACAGACGUUGCUGACAGCCGAAGGCCCGCAAUUCGUUCCGGGCCAAUACGUCACCACGCGCUCCGGCGAGAUGCAUUUCGUUCCUGGCGUUGCCAGGGAAUCGGAAGAUAUCUCGACAUUCGUGCCAGGAAUGACGCUGGACACUCCGAAGGGUCAGAAGUUCGUGGAGGGCCAGGUGCUGAAGACGCCGGAAGGUAUAGUGUUCUGCCCGGGACGCACCGUCAUCACCGAAAAGGGCUUCGAGUUCGUCGCAGCGAGCAAGUUCAACGAGGUGGUAUUCCAAGACGCCGGUCCCGUCGGUAUACCCGUGGAUCCGAAGACCGCGAGUGCAGUAUCGACUCUUCAGCAACGUGAGAUCUUCGGUCACAUGGUACAGACGGAGAGGGGUAUCGAGUUCUUCCCGGAGAACGCGAAAAGCCUGCCGGAGGGUAGAAGAAUCGUGCCCGGGCAGUUGGUCACCGGCGACAAGGACGGGCCGCGUUUUGUACCAGGCGUCAUGACCGAGGACGGCUUCCUGCCGGGUCAGAUAGUCACAACGGAGAAAGGGGAGGAAUUCGUGCCGGGCCAAGUGAUUGAUACCAGCAGCGGGCCGAAGUUCGUGCCCGGCCAGAUAGUGGAGACCCGGACCGGGCCCAAGUUCGUGCCCGGUCAAACAGUAGACACCCCGGACGGGCCACGUUUCGUGCCGGGUCAGAUCGUCGAUACCAAGGUGGGGCCGACGUUCAUCCCCGGCCAGGUGAUCUUCACCGAAGAGGAGGGAUCCAGAUUCGUGCCGGGACAAGUGGUGGACACGCCGGAUGGGCCUAGAUUUGUACCGGGUCGCGUGGUGGAGGCCGGCGAAAUGGGCGUGACCUUUGUACCAGGUCAAAUCGUACAGACGGAGGAGGGGCCAUGUUUCAUCGCCUCCGAUCUCACUGACACGCCUGAGGGCGAGCUCGAGUUUUCUGUGCAGGGCUUCGAGGUUACCCCCGAGGAGCUGCGACUGCUACGGCCGCAGCAUCUGCACUACAAUUCGCGCUUUCGCCAUCGCGGCGAGACCAGCAUAGACGCUAAGAUGUUACGCGAGCUGUCCGAGGCGGGGUUAUCCGUGGGGCGAAAAGUCUCGACGAAUCUGCCGACAGUGGACGUGGACGUGGAUCCGAAGGCGGCGGCCUUAGAGCAGGCUCUCGCCGUGGCGACAACCAAGUUGGGCCUGCAAGGUGGUACGGCAGUAAAACUGGCGCAAGUUAUGUCGACGAUUGCGCAAUUAGCGAGAAACAUUGUUCUGCAGCAGCAACAGAAUUUGGACGAUGCAAAUGUAACGUUGACGAACGGCAAUCGAUCACCCGUUGUUGAAACUGAGGACACAGGGGCAAGCAACGGCAAUAACAUCGAGUCAUUUCGGGGUAUAAUUAGGACAGCAAUCGUAGCCGCCGCUCUGAAGAUAUCGGACGAUCAACGAGUAAUAUUGGACAACAGCAAUCCUCAAGACCUCGUCUACUCCUCCAUCAGCGAGUCGUUCAGCAUGCUGUCGCGUCAGAGCGAUCAAGAUCAGUCGGUGGACGAGAUCCUAAAAAUUCUCUCAAUUCCGCAGAAUCGUAGUUCGCUUUGCCAGAGCGUACUGUCGGAAUUGUUAGAUAUCAAGAACAGCAAAGUGGACAUACUCAAGUCGACCGUGAGCCCAGACCAACAAUUGCAGCGGGACGCCGUGCUCGACAAGCUGUCGAUAAUCCUGAAGGAAGAACACGGCACGGACUUGAUCGGACUGGCUUUUCGAACUGUCUCGAAGAACGACCCUGAGCUGGUGUCGCUUGUAUUGGAGAACGUGUCGCGGCACGUGGCGGACGUCGCGACUGAGAAGGAGGCUACGGAGACGGUCUACAAGGCGAUUGUCGAGGCGGUCCGAGAAUCGAGCGAGAUUCGCGUGAAGGAGCUGCUGAGCGCCGAGGGUCCGGACGUUCGCGAGAUGUUGCUUCAGGCGGUGGGUCUGGCACGAGCCUUGGGCAUGUCCGGCACGGCGAACAGCCUGCUGUCGGUGAUCAGCGACAAGAGGUCUACCCGGGCGCUGGCGAACGAUCGGGUGACCAUGGACGUACUGAGGCGGCUGGCGAUCAUGCGGAAGCUCGCGGAAGAGCGACCGCCCUUCAUGAACGCUCUCGGACAGCUGUGCAGCGAUCCCGAACUGGCUAGGGCGGAUCCGCGACUACGAACCCUCGUGAGAGAGAGCGCCGCGCUAAUGAUAGUACCCGAAGAAAUUCCGUUGCUGUCCUCAGCAGACGUGCCGACCUCGUUGCUGUGCGCCGACAACAGCUUGGCGAUGGAAGAAUUCCUGCUGCGAAGGAGCCACAAGCGAUCGUCCAUCUUCAUGAUCUUGAAGCAGGGUAUGCAGGCGGUCGUGCCCAGAGAGGCCUCCAGAUCGGUGCUGACCGGCGAGGUCGCCUACACCGUCCUCGACGAGGACGGUAUACAUCACUUCGAGCCGUUGCACGUGUUCUCGGCGCUCAGGCUGAAUCGUCCUGCCGCUCAUCGGUUCUCCAUGUACUGUUGCCCGGUAGCGAAGGAGGUGGACGUUGACGGCGAGAUGAUGUCCACCACCUUCACCGGUACAACUUCGAUUGCAAGCAGCCUGGAUGGCUCUGCUAAUGGCAGUUCCAACAAGCAGGAAAGCAACGGCACAGCGACUCUAUCAAGAUCCGAACAAUCGGCCGCUUUUUAUUCAGUCAGCAGGGAGAACACGCCGAGUCUGAAGAGGUUGAACGGCGCCCGGCAACGGGGCAACUUGGAGCGGGGAUCCUCGGAAAAUUACGUCGUCGUGAAGGACUACGUUGCGGACACCGAUGGAUUCGCCGUGAGCGUCGGCGACAUCGUCGAGGCCGUCGAACACGACGGCUCGGCAAAGAAAGCGAGGCUGGACCCCGACCUGGAGGUCGAAGUCGGCGAUAUCUUGGACAAUUCGGCCGCCAAGCACAAGCUUUCGAUUCGACCGCGUCGAAAUCACGCAGAUCCACGCGCUCGGAGCAGCCCGAGCGUCGACGCGAGCCUUCAAAGGGUAUACGUUCGUACAUCCGACGGAAGGCAGGGAUGGUUACCUUCGUCCAUUUUAAUGCAAACGGCGCUUAGCGAGGAGACUUCAUCGAUGAGUCGGCCAGAAGAUUCUCAUUAUCGACGAGAGGCGGUGGUGAAAGAGCUAAUCGAAACGGAGGAAGAAUUCGGCAGGGAUAUUCAGCUCGUCGUGCAACGUUAUCUAAAGCCUCUCGACAAUCCUGGCGUUCCGCGAGUCGUACGGGACAACAAAGAAGUUAUCUUCACUAAUCUCCAGCAAAUAGCUGAUUUUCAUAACACAUCGUUCGGCAGGGUGUUGAUCGAGGGCGUCAAAUACUAUGCGGAUCAACCACGUAUGCUUGGCAGAACUUUCUUGAGACUGGAGAGAGACUUUGACAAGCACGUGGCGUAUUGCAGGGACGAGCCCGCUGCUCAGGAAUUUCUUCAGGCAAACGACGAAGUACGCGAAUACUUUGAGGAGUUGAGUCAGACUCUGGGUGACGACAAGAGUAUAUCGGAACAUCUGAAGCUCCCGAUACAACGCAUAAACGACUACCAGCUCCUGUUAAAGGAGCUGGUGAAGUAUUCGACCCGAUUAGGCGAAAACUGCGACGACUUGCAGAAGGCGCUAGAGUUGAUGCUAGGAAUCCCCCAUAGGGCGACCGACAAUAAAUUCAUAAGCAAUAUCGAGGGAUACAAGGGAAACAUUCACAAACUUGGUAGAUUACUCACGCACGAAUGGUACACGGUUAUUGAUAAGGAAGGAAAGAGCAAAGAAAGAUACUUGUUUCUGUUCAAAGCACGAAUUCUCAUUUGCAAAGUCAGACGGAUAUCGGAGGAUAGAUCAGUUUUCAUCUUAAAAGACAUUAUUCGAUUGCCGGAAGUGGAAGUGAAGGACCAUCCCGACGACGUACGAUCUUUCGAACUGCACAAUCCGGCUGUAUCCAAUUACCCAAUUACUUUAGUGGCUCACAAGGAUCCCGUGAAAGCCUGCUGGCUUAAGGAAAUUCGUCAGUACGCGAGCGAUUUGGUCGCUCUCGCCGAGCACGCAGCGGACGAUCUUCAAGUAACCGAAGAAGUACCGGAAGGCAAGGAAGAGCCCAAGAGCGACGAGAAGCCGGCGCCGGUGAAGGUCGAACCGCCGCAGCCCGCGAACCCUUUGCCCAAAGUCCAGGGUAACCCGAAGGAAGAAGCGAAGGCGGGCGCAGAUAUUAAGGAUUACACGAAAGUUGCGGAGAAGAGGAAGGAUUCCGUGGGCGCAACAGACACGUCGGAGGUAAAGAAGACUAGGGUCGAAGAAGCGCAAGCAGACAUGUCCCGAAGAUAUUCUGCGAGUCGAUACAGCGCCUCUGCGAAAGUCGUGGAAGAGUAUUCAUCGAUAUCGAGCAGUCGUCAUGGCGUGUCCUCCUUCACGGAAUCGGCGGCGUCCGCCGUCGAGACGAGAAUGUCUUCCUCGUCGCAAGGAAUGGGUCGGAUGUCAGAAACCACGACUUCCUACGAGACUGCGAUCGCCGGUGGUAUGGCAACGGAUUCGCACGUCGAAAGCAGAACUGCCAGAAUCGCUCUUGACACCGACGUCGGCAAACCGGCGUUUAUCAAGACGAUAGAGGGAUGCAGUGUGGAACCGAUGCGACCAAAAAAGGCAUUGAUACACGCCAUAGCCGGGGAAGUUGCCACUUUCGAGUGCACUAUGUUAACCAGCGACUCGACCACCAGAAUACAAUGGUUGAAGGAUAAUAAGCCGAUGGAGGACAAGCUGGCCGAUCGCGUCACCACCACGCUGGCCGACAACACGUGCAAGCUUGAAAUUCAGAACGUUCACGAGUCGGAUUCCGGCAUAUACAUCGCGCGUGCCCUGAAUACAAACGGUGAAGCGACGUGCACCGCCCAAUUGGUGGUUCAAAAAUUGAGCCCGGAGGAGAAGAAGGCAAGAGCAGAAGCGAACGGCCCUAUCUUUUUGGUGCGUCUGAAGGACACCGAGCUCCUCGAGAACACCUAUCUACGUUUCAUGAUUAAAGUCAAGGGAGAUCCUAAUCCGGAAAUAAAAUUCUUCAAGGACAGCACCUUGAUCGACGCAAAGCACGAACGCGUGAAAAUUAUCCGGGACAACGCCGAAAAGGGAUUUUACGAGUUGGUUAUCGCUGACGUUCAGAAACAGGACGCUGGAAAGUAUUCCUGCACGGCUAUGAAUCGCUACGGCGAGGCUACGUGCGAGGCGAUCGUGACGGUGACAGACGAGAAGCCACUCUUCCAGGGUCUUCCCGAAGGUCUUCUCGAGCUUGGAACCGAGCCACGAUUUAUUUGGAAGCGCGACGGACAGACGUUCGAUCCUGAGGAGAGAUUUAAGGUUCUCUUCAAGGAUAACGAGGACACACUGGCACUGGUGUUCCAGCAUGUGAAGCCUGAGGACGCCGGUCUUUAUACGUGCGUGGCACAGACCAGCACAGGUAACAUUAGCUGCAGCGCGGAACUGACGGUGCAGGGUGCGGUGAAUCAAUUGUUGAAGGACCCAGAAAAGCCGAAACUCCAGACAGAAUCGAAGCAGACCGAGGUGAGCGCCGGUGGCUCCGCGAUGUUAGAUCUGCAGGUGAAGGGUUAUCCCAAGCCGGACAUCAAGUGGACCAAGGAUGGGCAGGAGAUCAUAGCCGGUGGUAGAAUCAAGUAUCUCUGGGAAGACGAGGAGUCCUUGUCAUUGGUGAUUAAACAGGUCACCGCUAAAGACGCUGGCGUUUACACCAUCAAGGCGAAAAAUGAUCUCGGCGAGGAUAGCACGCAGAUCGAGCUGAUCGUCAAGUCCGCGCCGAAGGUCACGAAGAAGCAGUCAGAUAUGAUAAUCCUCAUCGAGGAGACCGGCACGAUGACGGUGCAAGUGGAGGCCACCCCGGCGCCGGAAGUGACCUGGUACAAGGACGGUCAACUGAUCGAAGAGAGCGAACGUAUCAAGAUCGUCAAGGAGGGUAGCGACACAUACAAGCUUGUGAUCAAAAACGCCAAAUUGACCGACGCCGGUUCGUAUUCGAUUGUCGCGCGAAAUGACGUCAAUCAGACGACUGAGAUCUGGAAAGUCGGCAUCAGAUGCCCGCCGAAGAUCAAGAAGGGCUUGGGCGAGCCACGAGUAAUCAACGAGGGCGAUACGUUGAACCUAUUGAUCGAGGUGGAGUCGGACGGGGAACCUACAGUCAACUGGUACAAGGACGGGCAGCUUUUGACCGCGAGCGACCGCACGAAGAUGACGAAAAACGGAAAUAAUUAUAUACUCACGGUUGGCGGUGCAAAGGUGGAAGAUGCGGCGGUUUACAAGGCCGAGGUGAUAAACAAGCAUGGGACCAUCUCAGACGAGACGAGAGUCAGGGUGCGCGGUAUACCGAGGUUCAAGACGAAACUGUGCGACAUCAGCGCGAACGAGGGCGAGUUGAACGUUGAAUUCAUAGUUGAGGUCGAGGGCUUCCCGAAACCGAGCGUGCAUUGGUUCCUGGGCGACGUUGAAAUCACGGAGAAGCGCACGGAGUACACUCGCGUAGAAGAAGGCGACAAUUACAAACUUAUCAUCAAGGAGGUGAAGACCGAGUUGAAGGGCACUUAUACCUGCAAGGUGCAGAACGAGUAUGGCGAGAACUCGAGCAGUUCCAACCUGACGGUGAAUACUCGGCCGAAGCUUUUGAAGAAAUUGGCGGACCAGAGACUGAAGGAGGGCGAGACGCUGAAGCUGACGUUCGAGGUGUCCGGCACGCCGGAUCCGGAGGUCAAGUGGUACAAGGACGGUGAGGAGGUGUCAGCAGAUGCCAGAAUCAAGAUCACCAGGGAUAGCAAGCGCAACGAGAGCUACGAUUUAACGGUGACGUUGCUGAAGGGCAGUGACGGUGGCUUGUACGAGGUGCGGGCGGAGAACGAGCUGGGCUUCGUCUCCAGCAAGAGCAAAGUUAUCGUGAUGACUGAGACGGAAGAUGAGAAGGUCGAAAAGAUAAAGCCUCCGAAAGAGAAAGCCGAGGAGGUGAAAAUGGAAGAGACGCAGACGAAGAAUUUGGUGGAGGAACAAUUGUCGCAGGAAGAGACUCUGCAUGCAGAAGAAUCGGGAACGGAAGGUCGCGUGAAACUGGAGAAACAAAACAUCCAAGUAAUUCAAGGGGACAAUGAAACAAUCACGAUCUCUAUGGCCUCCACGACAUCACACGAAGCUAUACUCACAGGUCCCGGUGAAAGUCACACGAUCAGCAAGAUGACGGCGACCAAGGUCGAGUGUCGGGAAUUCGGUGUUGAAUCGGGACCUCACGUUGAAGAAGUCGCUUCUUACGCUUACACCGUGCAAGAGGAGAAUUCCAAGCCGCAGAACGGCGUGUUGAUCGAGGAGUUUUCAGAUGCCGAGGAGAAGAAGUCAAAUUUGGGCGCCAAUCGAGGCGUCACGAUUGUCUCCGUUUCCGACGACGAGUCGACCUUGAAAGCAUUGUCGCGAGACGUCAGCACGGAGGAUAUGCAAGCGGCUGAUCAACUCCCAGAGGAUCAAAAAACGACGAACGGCAUUCUCGACGAGCUCGCCUUCAACGGCACGCCAGAAGAGAAAACCUUAGAAGACGUUAAGUUACAUCGAAUCUCCAGAAUCACAGAGACCAUCGCCGAGGAGCAGUCCAUGGAAGAACCGUUGUCGGCGGCGUUGUCGGGGCAAGCUCUGAAGCGAGAAAGUUUAGAUGUGAAGACGAUAAACUUGCCCAGUCAAAGCUCUACGAUUAGCGACGCGAGUCCAGUGAAAAAGGUCGCGGAGACAACUUUAGAUUCACCAAGCUCAGCCGUCGAGUUGUCAAAAGAAACGGCGAAACUUGAGAAGACGAAAACCUCGACCAUAUCGAACGAAACGUUGUCAAGACAGAGUUCUCAGAAGGCGCAGCUCGACGAUGACGACGAGGAAGUCGACGACGAGAUGAAGGAUCUUUUAGCUCGUGUUAAACGGCAACGUAGCGUAUUAGACGAAAUCCUCGAUAAAGAAUCGGGCAGAGAGUCAGCCCCGCCUCACGUCGUGAGCACAGAUCUCACCGAUCGUACGAUCUUCGAGACACAGAAUACGAAGUUCGUGGUGCAGGCCACUGGUUUACCAAGACCAGAUGUGAAGUGGCUCAAAGACGGUAAGCCUCUUCGGGCCGGGGACCGAGUAAGAAUCACAACUUCAGGAGAAUCGUACGAGAUGGAUCUCAGCAAGGCCACCCUCGAGGACGAAGCUCUUUAUUCAUGUGUCCUGACGAACAAAUUGGGCGAGGAAACCGUGGAAGGUUAUUUAAUUAUCGAUACUGUCGACCAGUUGCGGAAACCAAGAUUUACCGAGCCUCUCAACGACGUCGACGUCGCCCUCAAGGACAAUGGCGAAUUUAAGGCUGUCUUUACAGCCGAUCCGGUCCCGGACAUCACAUGGUACUGCAAAGGUCACGAAAUUCCACCCGACGAUUCUAGAAUUAAGUGGACCAUUACUAACGGACCGGCAGCGGAUAAAUUGACAGAAAGUAAAGUCACGUUGAAAAUACCGAAGUGUACGAAAGAAGAUACUGGAGAAUAUACUUUGAAGUUGAAGAAUAAAUGGGGUGAAGCUGAGAGUAGUGCAUUCUUGAGUCUCCUAUUGAAACCGGAAAUUGACAACUUUAGGGAUCACUCUGAAUCGGUGGACGAGCGAGUUGAAUGGCAAGCCAUUAUCAAAGGAAAUCCGAAGCCUGAUAUCAAAUGGAUGAAGGACGGUAGGGAACUGCAAAAGGACGAACGAUAUGACAUGGAGGAGGAUAAAAGAAAUUGCAAAUACAAACUCGUCAUUAAAAAGCUCAGUCUAGAAGACGGAGGCGUCUAUACCGUUGCGGCAACGAAUUAUUUGGGUGAAGCAAGUGCUCAAGCUACUCUCACGGCUCACACUGAAGCUCCAGUCUUCUUGAAAGACCUAUCGAAGAUGCAAUGCAGCGAUCGUGAAGACGUCGAACUGAAGAUCCGCGCGACAGGCGUUCCAAGGCCGAGCGUGGAAUGGCUGAAAAACGGCGAGGUCAUCAAGGAGGACGAAAGGUACCAGGUGACGACUCACGUGGACGGCAUAGUGGACAGUAAUCUCUUCAUCAAGACUUUCUCCGAGAAAGAUGUUGGCACAAUAACGUGUAAAGCGAGUAACGUUGCCGGAAGCACUCAAACUAGCUGCGAUCUAUCUAUGACGUUGACGGCGCCUUCGUUCGGCAAGGCGCUGCCAAGAUCGGAGGAGGUCGACGAGGGCGAGCCUCUGGAACUGAAGGCCAAAGUGGAUGGUAGCCCGAUACCUAACAUCGCCUGGUUCAAGGACGGCGAAAAGAUCACGCCGGACGAUCACGUGAAGAUCAGUACUUUGCCGGAUGGCACCACGAAGCUCACGAUUGAUACGGUGAAGCCUACCGAUUGCGGCGCCUACAAGCUCGUCGUUUCAAACCCUAGCGGCGAGAAUUCUUCGCUCUGCGCCGUCGCCGUUACGCCCGAACGAAGGAGACCGUCGUUCACGAAGCCACUGGAGGAUACAAAGGCCGUGGUUGGGCAACCGUUGAAAUUGGAAGCUCAAGUUUUAGCGUUCCCAAACCCGCAAGUGCAAUGGUUCAAAGAUGGAAUACCAUUACGACAUACGAAGGAAAUGAACUUCGUGAACGAACCGAACGGUCUCAUCGGAUUGAAGAUGGAUUACGUGCGUCCGGAGGACGCAGGAACCUAUUCGGUGAUCGUAUCCAACGCGCUCGGUGAUAUCACGGGUACGGCUAAGGUGCAAGUGGAAGAGAGAGAAAAGAGGCCAGAAUUCGUUGCGAGUCUUCAACCGCAAACCGUCGUCGAAGGUUUCCCAGUAAAGAUGGAGGUGAAGACCAUAGGAAAACCGACGCCCGAACUCAAGUGGCUGCGAAAUGACGAAGAAAUCGUUCCAGACAACAAGCAUGUAAAAAUCAUUAGUCAACCGGACGGUAGUCAAGCCUUGAUUCUCGACAAGGCAACGCCAGAAGACGUCGGCGAGUACCAGGUGGUAGCCGGCAAUACAGAAGGCACUGCAUCCUGCAAAGCCAAGCUGGACGUUGCCGGCAAGGUGAAACCGGACACGCCGGAGGAAAAGCCGGCAUUCACCAGUCCUAUGCGCGACGUGUCCGUCGAAGAAGGUCAGCCGUUGACGCUGGACGUGUCGUUCGUCGGCAAUCCAAUCCCCGACGUGAGCUGGACGAAAGACGGCGAGCCGGUCGUGCCGUCAGAACGCGUGACAAUGAGCUGCGACGGGAAGAAGGUCGGUCUGCAGGUCGAUCCGUGCAAGCCCACAGACGCGGGCGUCUACGGCUGUCGGAUAAGCAAUCCGCUGGGCGAGGACACCGCCAGCGCUAACGCCAUCGUCCGCAAGGUCUACCAGCCACCGACCUUCACACAGAGGUUCACGGACUUACAGCAGCUGCCCACGUACGACGCCAAGUUCCCGGCCCGUGUCACCGGCAUACCGCAACCGGAGGUGACCUGGUACUUCAAUGACAAGCCGAUCCUGAAGGACAACGACAAGUACAAGAUAAAGCACGACGGCGAUGCCUACUGCUUGUACGUGAAAGACUGCGCAUAUGACGAUUCGGGACGGUACAGGUGCAGAGCCGUCAACAAAGGCGGCGAGGCGGAAUGCGCGGCGAAUCUGACUGUAGUAGAUAAAAUUCAAAAAAUGCAGAAAGUCGAGCCGCCGGCAUUCCUCAAGAGGAUCGGCGACUGCGAGGUCUACAGAGGCAUGCCGGCCAAGUUCACCGCGUGCGUCACGGGAUACCCGGAGCCCGACUUCGAAUGGUACCGCAAUGGCGACCGGAUAUGGCCCACUGAUCGCAUCAGGAUGGACCAGGAGGGCAGUCUGUUGCGGCUCACGAUAGUCAACGUGGACGAGUUGGACGCCGGGAAAUACGUGCUGAAGAUAUCCAAUCCUCACGGCGAGGAUUCGUGCAGCGCCGAGAUGGUUUACGAAUCUCUGGAACCACGCGCGAAGAAACCUCUUGCCGAUCAGUACGCGGAUUACGACAAGUACCGGAAGUCCGGCAUCCCGCUGCCCUUGGCGGACCGUCCGAUCAUCAGCCGCAUGAUGGACCGACACCUGACCCUCUCGUGGAAGCCGUCCAUCCCCAUCGGCCCGCGCGUGCCCGUGACUUAUUUAGUGGAGAUGUGCGAACUUCCGGAUGGCGAUUGGUUCACCGCCCGCACCGGUAUUCGCAGCUGCGUCUGCGACAUUCGCAAUCUCGAGCCGUUCCGCGAUUACAAGUUCCGCAUUCGCGUGGAGAACAAGUACGGCAUAAGCGACCCGUCGCCGUUCGCGCAAACGUAUCGCGCCAAACUGGAGCCGGAGCCGCCCAAGUUCUUCCCGUAUCUACCGCCUGGCAUCGACUUCCGUCCCGAGACCAGUCCCUACUUCCCGAAGGACUUUGACAUUGAGCGACCGCCGCACGACGGCUAUGCCCAGGCGCCUAGGUUCUUGCGCCAGGAAUACGACACUCAAUACGGCGUGAAGAACCACAACUGCAAUCUCUUCUGGUUCGUCUACGGCUAUCCCAAGCCGAAAAUGACGUAUUACUUCAACGAUCAGUUGAUCGAGUCGGGCGGUCGAUACGAUCAGAGCUACACUAGAAACGGCCAGGCAACCCUCUUCAUCAACAGAAUGCUCGAGAGGGACGAAGGUGUCUACGAGGCUGUCGCUACGAACGAACACGGCGAGGCCAGGCAGAAAGUUAUCUUAAAAAUCGCCGAGUAUCCCACGUUUAUCGAGAGACCCGACGAGACCAUCGUAAUGGUGAGAAGAAACGGCCAAUUUACCGCUCGUGUAACGGGCGUACCUUACCCGGAGAUCAAGUGGUACAAGGACUGGAAGCCAAUAGCAUCAUCUACCAGAAUUAGGAUUCAGUUCACCGAACCUGACAUCACGACCCUCAUCGUGAACGACGCCAUCGUGAAGGACGAGGGACUUUAUUCGAUCAGCGCGGGUAACGUGGCCGGCUCGAUAUCCUGCUCGGUGAUGCUGCACGUGGAAGAGAGCGAGCACGAAUACGGAUACAGGACGUACAGGAAGAAAAUGGACGUGAAACCACGCGACAAGCUGUUCGAUGACUUGUACGAUCUGGGCGACGAGCUGGGCCGCGGCACUCAGGGUGUAACUUACCACGCGGUCGAGCGAAAUACCGGCAGAAAUUACGCCUCCAAGAUUAUGCACGGGCGCGGUGACCUCAAGCCGUUCAUGUACAACGAGAUGGAGGCGAUGAACAACCUGCAUCAUCGCAAAUUACUGCGAUUGCACGACGCCUUCGAGACCAACGAUUCGGUCACGUUGGUCAUGGAGUUAGCGGCCGGUGGCGAAUUAGUGGACAACCUCACGAGGCAAGAACAUUAUACCGAGAUAGAUAUCGCUCGUUACAUACGCCAAUUGCUGUGGGGAUUGGAAUACAUGCAUGGAAAUUAUUAUGCGCACCUCGGUCUGACGCUCGGCGAUCUGCUAAUCUCCCACGCCGGAGGAGACGACCUGAAGAUCGGAGAUUUCGGACUUGCCCGCAGAAUUUCGCAUGCAAGGCUGAUGACCCUGGCGUACGGUAUGCCUGAAUACGUCUCGCCGGAAGUAACUAACAACGAGGGUGUCAGCUACGCCGCGGACAUGUGGUCCGUUGGCAUAAUCACCUACAUUUUGCUGUCGGGUAUCUCGCCAUUCAGAGGUGCGAACGACAGAGAGACGCUCAAGAAGAUCAGAGAGGGCAAGUGGGACUUCGACGACCGAUGGAGAAAUAUCUCGAACGAAGCGCAGGACUUUAUCCGCAACUUAUUGGCGUACAACGUCGACAAAAGGAUGGACGUUAAGGCCGCCUUGGCUCAUCCGUGGUUCAAUUACAUCGACAGCUCGCCGCCGGAACCCUAUAGGAUACCUUCCGAGAAUUUGAAGAAUUAUUACAAACUUUAUCGCGACUGGUACAGCAACGCUUCGUGCCGCACGUGGUACCGCAGAAGCAAACUGGAGACAGCGUUCGACGAUCCAUCGCGAAUGGUGUAUCCGCCCGGACAUAAGUUCACGCCCGAACCCGACAGGAGUCGCAGUCCGUUGAAGAAACGCUCGCCCAGAACGUGGGAAAAUCAAAUACCGUCCAGAGAACCGAUCGACACGGAGAUCGGCAUAAUCAGUAGUGAAAGCCAUUAUCAGAACGGUCCAGACACAUAUCUUCUUCAACUGCGGGACACCGACUUCCCCGUACGACUACGUGAAUACAUGAAAGUCGCGUGCAAUCGUAGCCCCGGAUUCUCGCGUUCUAUUACGGAAGACAACGGCUUCGACUGGAGAGCUCCCAUCAUACGGGAACGUCGUCGAUUCACGGACGUCAUGGACGAGGAGAUCGACGACGAGAGGAGGGCGCGCAUCAAUCGGUACGGCUCGGCGGACACGUUCACGCUUAGACGUUUGAAGAACGAACUGGGCACGCGGUUAGACAGUUAUGCCGAGGCGGAGGCGAUGAUCGAGUCGAAGAAGGAAGGCCAGCUUCCGUUCUUCCGCGAGAAGCCGCAGAUCUGCCCGAUCGAGGAGGGCAAACCGGCGCAUCUCACCUGCCUGGCAGUAGGAAACCCGAAACCGCUGAUACAGUGGUUCAAGAACGACAUGGUCAUACAGGAGAACAACAGGAUCAAAGUGACGGAGGAUUCUGACGGGAGAUCCAUGCUCAGUUUUCAUCCUACGAAGGAGCACGACAUCGGAAUAUACAAGGUCGUGGCGAGGAACCCGAUAGGACAGACGAUUGUCCGAACCAGAGUGUUGCAGGCAACGGUUUCUUGCGGCCCGGAUUCUCCGGAGGCUUCCGACGUUUCGGAUACCGAAGUCCUCCUGCGCUGGAAGCAGCCCAAGUACGAUGGCAACUCGCCCGUGUUGUGCUACAAUCUACAGUACAAGGAGGGUGAUUCAAUCGCCUGGAUAGACGUCGCCUUCAACAUUGACCACGAAUUCUAUGUGGUGCGCGACCUGAAGCAGGACACGAGUUACAACUUCCGUCUGGCGGCGCGCAACCGCAUCGGUUGGAGCGAGAAGGGCAUCCCGUCCAAGUUGAUCAAGACGCGGCUGCCGGGCUGCCCGAAGGUACAAAUCACGCGGGCGAUGCGGCAUCUCCAGGAGCUGACUGAGGCCGGCCAGGAGAUUGUCCUGGAAGAGGACAGGCCGCACAUCGAUUAUUCCCUAGAGGAAAAUCCGAUCGAAUGGUCGGUGGAGCCGCAGCUGUCGGCCAAGUAUAGCUUCAUCUCGGAGUUGUCGCGCGGACAGUUCUCCGCGGUGGCGAAGGGCGUGGAUAAGAGGACGGAUCGCGUGAUCGUCGCCAAGAUCCUGGAAUUGAACGCCGAGACGGAGAAGCAGGUGAACCGGGAGUACGAGGUGUUGCGCUCACUGCGACACGAACGGAUAGCGAUGCUGGAAGCUGCGUACAAGACAUCGGGCACUCCUGUGGCGGUGUUCAUCCUGGAGAAGCUUCAGGGCGCCGACAUACUCACGUACUUCUCCAGUCGGCACGAGUACACGGAGAACUGCGUGGCGAACGCCAUUACGCAGAUCCUCGACGGCCUGCAAUAUCUUCACUGGCGCGGCUACUGUCACCUGGACAUUCAGCCGGACAACGUCGUGAUGUCGUCCGUGAGAUCGGUGCAGGUGAAAUUGGUCGACAUGGGCUCGGCCCAUAGAGUCAGCAAACUGGGCGCGGCGGUGCCCAAGCACCUGGGCCAUUCCGAGUACAGAUCACCCGAGCUCUACAACGACGAGCCCGUCUACCCGCAGACGGACAUCUGGAUGGUCGGUGUGCUCACCUACGUAUUGCUGUCCGGGGUUUCUCCGUUCCGCGGUAAGGACGCGGACGAGACCAGGCAGAACAUAUCCUUCGUCAGAUACAGAUUCGAGCAUCUCUUCAAAGAGCUGAGUCAAGAAGCUACCAGAUUUCUCAUGUUGGUCUUCAAACGCGCGCCAAGCAAAAGACCAAUACCAGAGGAAUGUCACGAACAUCGGUGGCUAGUGCCGACCGAUUUCAUGAUUAAGAAACGCGAGAGGGCUGUGUUCCUGGGUAACAGAUUGAAGGAAUAUAAUGAGGAAUAUCACGCAGAAAAAUUAAAGAUAGCUUCAGACAGUGACAGCCUGGCGAGCGAGAGUUUGCUGGGUUCCAAACAGAAACUUAUCAGGUCAACCAGUAUACAAGAAGAGCUGCUGACUACGUUCUAACGAUGUGGAGAGCUACAAUUUUUUAUUUAUAUUUAUGUAUACAUACACUUGCGCGCGCGCGCGCGCACGUGAAUACGCGUAUGGUCCAUAAGUAUGUGCCACUUCGCGUACAAGCCUAGUCUAUAUCCGAACAUCGAGGAGGGGAGAGCGACGAGAAACGAGAUGUACAAGGAGAAAACUCUCUCUCCUUGUUUUCUCUUUUGUUAUUAUUUAUUUGUUACAACUUGUAAUUAUAACGAAAAUCGUUGUCGACCGAGCGUCGAUGUUUCGCCGGCCCUUUCGUCGGCAGUCAAAUUUUCAGCCGUCCGUUAAUUCGACGAGUACGACCGAUAACUGGUGGUCUACACAUUUCAAUAAAUCCAGGUAAAAAGGUAAAUGGAAUAAUAUACAGAAUAAAUCGAAUUUUUUUGAAGUUUAAUAAAAAAUGUUGAUCAAGCAUUGUACGAAAAUUAUAAAUAAACACUUGACAAAACGGUAGUACGCACCUUUCUAAUUUCUCCAUCUCUCCAUUAGCGUGAGAUAUUUUGUUUACAAAAUUCAAUACGUACACGAUUUAGAAAUGAGAUAUUGGAAUUAUAAUUGUUUAGAUAUAUUAUUACACACCUGCUUUUUCUUUUUUUAUUUACAAUUGCUCGUUGGCAUUACAAUGUCUCAUAGAGAGAGAGAGAGAGA